AUUAAAAACAUCCACCCACCAAUAGCAUUCUAAUUCCCUUCAUGCUUGCUGCUUAUCAACUAAUGGAGAUCAACUUAGUUUCAUUCCUCCUCUUCUUCUCCUCCCUUUUUAUUAUAGUUAGAAAAUGGAGAAGCCAAAAACAAAAGUUGCCUCCAGGUCCAUGGAGACUCCCACUCAUUGGGAGUUUGCAUCACUUGAUUAGUGGAGCAAAUCCACAUCGCAUUUUUAGAGAUCUAGCGCGAAAGUAUGGCCCUAUCAUGUAUUUUGAACUUGGUGAAGUUCCAACAGUGAUCAUAUCAUCACCUUCUAUGUCAAUAGAAGUUUUAAAAACUCACGAUCUCGCAUUUGCUAGUAGGCCACAGUUCACAUCCACAGAUAUUGUCAUGUACAAUAACAAAAACAUUGCAUUCGCGGAAUAUGGUGACUAUUGGAAACAAAUGCGCAAAAUCUGCAUAAUGGAACUUCUAAGUGCAAAGAUGGUCAAGUCAUUUAGCUCAAUUCGAAAAGCUGAGCUUUCGAAUGUGCUUUCAUCGAUUGAUUCAGUUGGGGGUACUUGUGAAGUGAACAUGACGCAAAAAAUUGUUCGAUUUACGAGCUCUGUGACAUGUCGAUUAGUGUUUGGGAAAUUGUGCAGAGAUCGAGACGAGUUGAUAAAUUUGAUGAAAGACACGCUGUUUUUAGUAGGAGGAUUUGAUGUGGGUGAUUUAUUUCCCUCGUGGAAGUUACUUUACAAGAUGAGCGGGGCAAAGUCUAAAUUGGUAAAGAUGCAUCAAAAUAUUGAUUCAGUUCUGGAGAGCAUUGUUAAUGAGCAUGUUAAGAAUCGAGCAGCCGGAAUCAAGGGAAAUGGUGCGUAUGGAGGUGAAGAUUUGGUUGAUGUUUUCCUAAGAAUUAAGGAGAAUGAGCAACUUCAAUUUCCAAUUGCCAAUGACCACAUAAAAGCUGCUAUUUUGGACAUGUUUACUGCUGGGACAGAAACUUCAUCAACAAUUAUUAUUUGGGCGUUGUCUGAACUGAUGAAACACCCAAAGAUUAUGGCCAAGGCACAAAGCGAAGUGAGACAAGCCUUCAAAGAGAAAACGAAUUUUGAUGAAGAAGAUCUUGAUAAUUUGCCCUACCUAAAGUUAGUGAUUAAAGAAACAUUAAGGCUACACGCUCCAAGUAUAGUGCACAGAGAAUGUAGAGAAGAAACAAUUAUUAAUGGAUAUAUGAUACCUGCUAAGGCCACAGUACUAGUCAAUACAUGGGCAAUGGGAAGAGAUCCAGAAAUUUGGAAAGAUCCUGAGAGUUUUAUACCAGAGAGAUUUGAAAAUUCUCUUGUUGACUAUUUGGGAAAUAAUUAUGAGUAUCUCCCAUUUGGUGCAGGAAAAAGGAUUUGUCCAGGAAUGCACUUUGGUAUAGCUAAUGUUAAACAACCUUUGGCACGCCUCCUCUACCACUUUAACUGGGGGCUUCCACAUGAAACUAGUACAAAAGAUUUGGAUAUGAGUGAGAAAAGUGGAUUGAGUGCAGCGAAAGAAAAAGAUCUUUUCUUGAUUGCCAAAACAGAUCAAAGUUUAGAUGUCGUGCUUUAAAUGGUGAAAACGAGGAAAGAGUAAGCUGCAUAAUUGGUUAUUAUUCAUCUCCUUUUAGUUUGAUGUUUGUUGGUUUCUCCGUUUUGUCUUGAAAGUUUACCCUUAAAAUGAGCAAAGAAUAAAUAAGCUCCACAGUUAGUUUUACAGUUUGGGUUCAAAAGGCCAGAUCAUGGAAAAAUCUGUCCAGCCAUUUCGUGUACUGUGUAAUAGUAUGAUCACACUAUUUAUACGAAAUGUUAUUUCCAAAUUCCAA